AUGUGUCUGUCUGUAUGUCUCUCUGUGUGCCUCUGUGUGUCUAUGUGCCUGUGUGUGUCUGUGUGUGUCUCUGUGUGUGUCUGUCUGCGUGUGUCUGUCUGUAUGUCUCUCUGUGUGCCUCUGUGCCUCUAUGUGUCUGUGUGUGUCUGUGUGUCUGUGUGUCUCUGUGUGUCUGUGUGUGUCUCUGUGUGUCUAUGUGUGUGUCUUGUGUGUCUGUGCGUACAUCUAUGUGUCUGUGUGUGUCUCUGUGUGUGUCUCUGUGUGUCUGUGUGUGUCUCUGUGUGUCUAUGUGUGUGUCUUGUGUGUCUGUGCGUACAUCUAUGUGUCUGUGUGUGUCUCUGUGUGUCUAUGUGCCUGUGUGUGUCUGUGUGUGUCUCUGUGUGUGUCUGUCUGCGUGUGUCUGUCUGUAUGUCUCUCUGUGUGCCUCUGUGCCUCUAUGUGUCUGUGUGUGUCUGUGUGUCUCUGUGUCUCUGUGUGUCUGUGUGUGUCUGUGUGCCUGUGCGUGUCUGUCUGUAUGACUCUGUGAGUGUCUCGGUGUCUCUGUGUGUGUGUGUGUGUCUGUCUGUAUGUCUCUCUGUGUGCCUCUGUGUGUCUAUGUGCCUGUGCGUGUCUCUGUGUGUGUCUCUGUGCAUGUCUGUCUGCGUGUGUCUGUCUGUAUGUCUCUCUGUGUGCCUCUGUGUGUCUAUGUGCCUGUGUGUGUCUGUGUGUGUCUCUGUGUGUGUCUGUCUGCGUGUG